GGAGGGAUAGCCGGGAGGAUUUUCCGGCCACCACUUGGGAUGGCCUGUGCGCAGCCGCCUUCUGCAGCUCCACCCAGAGGGGUCGCAGGCAUCCACAGCGCGGGGCCGCGCCGGCGCGCCGGCUUCUCUUGGCGGCUUCCGCGAGGACACCUUCUCGGGCGAGAGCGGCCUGGGACUUCCGAAGCCAAGCUGGGACUUCUGGCCACGGCCGGCGGUGUUGCUCGGUGUCGAAGACACGGAGUAGCCCCGCGAGGUUUGCUGGAGAUCUUGCUGCCGGCUUUACAGGAGGAGGGCGUUGGUUGUGCGAAGGAGGCGGAGGGGCCAAAGCUGUCCAAGAAGGAGACCCGGCAGAUCCUGCGGGAGCUACGAGUGCAGGUGGAGCAGGCGCUGGACGGAGGCGAGGCCGUCAAGGAGGCCUGCGAUGCCGUUCGCUCCGCGGCCGCUUUGGUGUCCCCACAAAGCCUGGAGCCUCUGGUGCAGCGGCUGCUGGCCGCAUCGCCUCGGGAGGGCCUGCGUCUCUGCGUGGACCUCCUCAGCUUGGAGGAAGUCUCCUUUGGAGAGGCCCUGCUGUCAGUUUUGGUGUCCGUACUCGUGGAGGUGGCUUCGCUCGAGAUCGCGGAGCAGGUGAUGCUGCACGCAGUGGCCACAAAGCGCGCCAAGAUGCGCACCCUGCAGCCGGUGCUGGACGCUUUUUGCAGCGCUGGGAGCCUCACGAGGUUGCAGGAGACCUUUAGCUCCGUGGUAAGGCCGUGGGUGAAGGCAGACCGCCUGCGCCUGAACGGCCGCGCCAUCCACACGCUGCUGCGGGGCUUUGGCGGCAGGCCACAGGAGCAAGAAGCCGUCUUGGAACUUCUUGCGGAGAUGGAGCUGGAGCUGCCUGGAGAGUGGUUAGACAGGAUCCAGCAAGUACGAGAGGGCGGCAUCGUGGCGGACUUCGUCCUCUGCGCAGAGGUGGCGGCCAGCCCGGCAGCACUGGAGCCUCCGCCGCCGGCUUCGUUGGAGAACUGCGGUGCGCUGCUGCGCCCGGCCACGCUGGAGCGCUUGGAGGCUGUCAUGACAGGUGGCAUCACCUGCUUUGUGGACGGCCCCAACGUGGGCUACCGCGGCGCGGUGCAGCGCGCGAGUUCCGAGGGCCCGCGGCUGAAAGGCGGCCCCAGGAACUUCCAGCGGGAGGAGGUCGUGGAGAACCUCCAUGCCCCCUACUUCCGGCACGACCAGAUCGCCGCCGCGCUGCGUGAGAUGCGAUCACUUGGGGAGCGCCCAUUGGUGGUCCUGCCGGAGAGGUAUGCCUUUGCACAGGUGUUGGGAGUCGGCCCCAAAGCUCCGCUACACCCGCUGGUGUCUCAGUGGAUGUUGGAGAAGAGCUUGUUCAUCGUGGGCGACGAUGAGCCCGAUGACGCCGUUUGGCUCUACGGUUUGCUGCGGCACGGGGGCAUUUGCGUGACCAGGGACAAGGCGUUGAACCACCGCGCCCAGAUCUGGGGCAUGAGGUUCAACGCGGGGCAGCGCCAGGUGGAGCUCGAACGCUCCUGGCGGCGCUGGAGCGCUCAACAUCUCCGGUGGUUCGCCAUUUCCUGGGCGGACUGCGACCAUUUCAGCCAGGAUGUCAGCAUUCGCCUGGAGCCGCCCAAGUUGCCAGUGGAGAUCCAUCGCACGGGCGACGUGUGGUAUCUCCCGGAGACGGGCGGGGCGCGCUGGCUGCGCCUGCAGCUAAAGAGCGAUUCCGAUUUCGAUUCCACGCGGAUCGCGGAGAUGUCGAUCCCUGGCGGCCCAGAGGCAGCAGAGUUGGAGCAGCGCGGCGAGCUUUCAGAGCUCACCAGGCUCUACGGCGUGCGCCUCGCCGAGAUCCCGGAGCGCGGCUUGGGGUACUGCGCGGUCCGGCGGAUCAAGCGAGGGGAGGCGCUUCUCUUCGACCGCGCGCGAUGUUCGGCGCUCGUGGGGGAGGAGGACGUAGCUCAGCUGGCGGCACAAGUGGGUGAGGGCAGUGAGGUCAUGGCCUUAACGCACGGCGCUGGUUCUGACGACGUGCUGGGCAAGAUCCAGAACAACGUUUUUCAUGCAACUCGAGACGUGGAGUGGUGCGCGCUCUUCUUGGGCGUGGCGCGGCUGAACCACAGCUGCCUCCCCAACGCCUUCGUGGAUUGCUCCCGGAGCUGUGCGGUGGUCCGGGCCUUGACGGAGAUCCAGGAGGCCGCGGAGGUGCUGAUUUCCUACGUCCCGGUCAGCGACGCCUUGGCCGCGCGAUCGGAGCAGCUGCGGCACAAGGGCUUCGACUGCGACUGCGCGCGCUGCCGCGAGGAGGCGCAGGGCGUGCUGCUUUGCGCCUGCGGCGCCUGGCUGCCAGAAGAGGCCGCGGCCUGCCCCUGCGGCGCCGAUGCAGCGACGCUGCACAGCGCUUCAGCGGCGCUCAGCCAGGCGAAUGAGUUCAUGCAGUCGCCGGAAGCUGCGAAAACGGACACCCGUCAGCUCAUUGCCAAGCUGACCAAGCUCAAGGAGGAGUGCUAUUCGAAUGGCCCGUUGCCGCAAAGCGCCGACACGGUGACCUUCCUCAACAACCUCUCCAACCUCCACUUCUUCAGCGCCCAGCACCUGGCGGGCCCUCAGCGAGAGGAGGCGCUGGUGGCAUUCUACGAGUGCAAGCGGCAGCUGAUGGCCAGCUACGAGGCGCUCCACGGGGGUUCAGCGCAACGG